AUGGAUUUGGAUGAUUUUCGGGUGAUUUUAUCGACUUCAAAUGUGGAUGUGUGGACUUUGAUCCAAACUGCCAUCGCCGUAGCUUCAUUGGACUACGGUGAAGAAUUGAAAGAUCGGAGAGACUCGAUCGUGGAAAAACUCUACGCGAGCUCGAGUCAACGAUGCAGCAGCUGCCACGAUCAUCGGAAGCCUAACGGAGAUGGCGUGAAUACUAAGAGUCCGGUCGAGAAAGAGAGCAUUCCUGAAGGCAAAGCAAGAGGCUCGCCUUCUACUCCGGAGUCAAAUAAGGGAACUGAUGAUGAUGAACAUUAUGAUGAAGAAGGUGAGCUAGAUCCGUACGGAGGAUUGUUCGAAGAUGAGCUUACGAAAAUUCUUAGAAUUAAAGAACGUUUAGAAGAUCCACUCCAGUCUGAAGAGUCUGUGGUUGGUAUACUUCAAAAUCUAGUUGAUAUGGAGAUUACCUUCCAAGCUCUCAAGGAAACAGAUAUUGGAAGACAUGUAAACCAAUUCCGGAAGCAUCCGUCGGAUCAAGUGCGGAAAUUGGUGAAGCAACUUGUCCGAAACUGGAAAGAAUUGGUGGACGAAUGGGUUAGGGUGAACCAACCUGAACAAGAUGCUUCUACUAUCAUUGCUGAUGGAGACUCACCACAGCAGAACAUUCUACCAAAGAAUACCAAAGAUGGUCAUCACCAGGUUCCUGAUUUUGCUUAUUCUCCAAAUCCACACACCUGGAGUUCUGGCUCAGACAAGACCAAUUCAGAACCAGAACAGAGACCAAACGCCAUCCCUAAAAGAGAGACUCCUACCAAGCGGCCUCAAUCAAUUCCAGUACCUGCUUCUGUUCCUCCUCCAAACAGAGCACAGAAGGAAACACUCAUAGAUGCUGAAAAGUUGAAUUCAGCAAGAAGGCGGCUUCACGAGAACUACCAAGAAGCUCAAAAUGCCAAAAAGCAAAGAACGAUCCAGGUAAUGGAUAUCCAUGACAUUCCAAAACCAAAGAAUACCUUCUUUGCCAAGAAUAAAGGCGGUUUUCCGGGGAGGAAUCAUCGGUGA